GUUUGCUUGUGCUGUGCUGUGCUGUGUGUUUAAGGCUCUUCAAGUACGCCAUGUGAUCUUGCCGAGCGACUUCUCUUCCGCGCCGCUUCGAUUGACGUCACUCAUAAACGUUUCGACCCGACUUGUCGAACUAACUCACGAUGAGCGGCAUCCCCAACAGCGUCGACACCGUGAACGCCGCCGCGACGGCGAUUGUUACAGCGGAAACCAGGGUUCAACCGUCGUCUACAGUUCAGGCCAGAAAGAAAAGAUGGGGAGGCUGUUGGAACAUGUACUGGUGUUUCGGUUCUUACAAGAACAGUAAACGGAUCGGCCAUGCUGUAAUUGCCUCAGAACCGGCUGCACCUGUGGUGGUUGCCCCAAAUCUCGAUACCCGAAACCCCACUUCGACCGUAGUAUUGCCAUUCAUCGCCCCUCCAUCUUCUCCGGCAUCUCUCAUCCAAUCAGAUCCUCCAUCCGCUGCUCGAUCACCUUCUGCCAGUUUACUUUCCCUCACGGCUCUUUCCGCCGAUUCUCGCCCUGCAGGAUCGACUGCGCCGAUUUAUACCAUCGGUCCUUAUGCUAAUGAGACGCAAGUAGUUUCGCCGCCGGUAUUUUCCACCUUCACAACCGAACCAUCGACUGCAUCCGUCACUCCGCCUCCAGAAUCUGUGCAGCUGAUGACUAAUCCUCCUUCUCCGGAUGUGCCAUUUGCUCAGCUUCUAUCAACAUCGUUAGCUCGAAACCGGAGAAACAACGGGGGCAAUCUGAAGUACUCGUUGUCGCAGUAUGAGUUUCAACCGUAUCAGUACCCGGGAAGCCCGGGUGGGCACAGCAAGUCGCCGGGAUCAGUGGUUUCUACUUCUGGAACGUCUUCCCCCUUCCGGGAUAAACAACCUGUUGUGGAGUUUCGUGUGGGUGAAGCUCCGAGGUUUCUUGGAUAUGAGUACUUUCCGAGCUAUAAGUGGGGUUCAAGAAUCGGGUCUGGAUCGUUAACCCCGAAUGGCUGUUCGAGGUUAGGCUCGGGAACUCAAACACCGAAUGGGGGAGUUUCAUGUCUAGGAUCGGGAGCUUUGACGCCGAAUGGUGGGAUUUCCCGGCUAGGUUCUGGAACUGUGACGCCUAAUAAUGGAGGAGAACAAAUCUCCAAAGCCGUGGACCUUCCGAACUCGAAGCAUAAAGCCGAGAAUAGUGAUGCAGUGAUGGAUGAUGAUCGUAGAGUUUCCUUUGAACUAUUAGGCGAAGACAUCCCGAUUUGCAUCGUGAGGGAGAAGGAACCGAUUCUUUCAAAUAAUACUGUGUCUGGAGCUCCAACUGAACAGAAGGCUGCGCCGAUGAGUAAUUCAGAUAUUCAUAGAGAAAUUUCUGAUGGGAAAAAGACAACGGAAGCAUCCUCUGAAGGAGAAGGAGAUGGAGAGGACUGCCUUCAGAAGAACCGAACAAUAUCGCUCGGCUCGAGCAAAGAUUUCAAUUUCAACAAUGCAAAAGGAGACAUCCCGGAAAAAGCUGGCAUCGACUGUGAGUGGUGGACUAGCGACGAAGUUGUAGAAAAGGAAACAUCCCCUCGGAGCAGCUGGAGCUUCUUUCCCAUGCUGGGAUCGGGAGCAAACUGACAAACGGCGCAGCGCCAAUUCCAAUUUUGGAUUCAGAAAUCAAAUCAUCCGUAGAGAAGCACCGCAUCGCAUCUGAUCCAUCAGGUAUAGUGUUAUAGAGAUCAAGUUUCCAUUCGAAUUUUUCUUGUUCGCAAAAUCCUAAGGCGUGUAGUGUAGUGUAGUAUAAGUAUAACAGGGGUCACAGGCUUACAGCAUAGUAUAAUAGAUAUAUGUAUAUAAAUCCUUCCUUGUAUUUUGGACCUGUCUUGUGUUGUGUUGUGUAGAGUGGAAUGAUAUAAUCUGUGAACAACUUAACUGUUAUAUACAUAGAGAAAUAACAUAAUUCCAGUUAUGAACAACCACAGCCACUUUGGU